CACGCUCAGACAAUCCAAUCCAUUUCAUGCCGCUAAUGAAAAGUAAGAUGGAUCAAAACUCGUGCGAAAAAUAAUUUCACUAUCCCAACCAAAGGUUUUUUUUUGACAAUAUUCCCCUCCAUUUCCCUGUUGAUGGGGUCAUCAUAAAUAUUUUCUUCAGCUCCAUGAGCCCCCAAAUCAUGCUGACUACUUUAAUAUAAUCCGAGUGCCCUUUUGAGCAACAUAUUCAUUAAAGCCACAAUUAUCCAGUACCAUGAAACCCCGCCUCUAAUUUGCUUUUUAAUCUCUCUAACAAUUUCCAUCGCCUUUUCUUGAUUCGAAAUUUCAUAUCAAAUCAACAUGAGAUGCGGUGGCUUUGUGCGAUUUCCGAGCGUUGGUUUAGUUUAUAUUUUUGACGAGGAAUGAGACGAUGAACAAGAAAUCCAGUUGCUGCGCAAUUUGCGAUAACUCGAAUCGCCCUUCAAUUUGCGCUAUUUGUGUCAACUACAGAUUGAAUGAGUACAACACGUUGUUGAAAUCAUUGAAGAGUCGUCGGGAGCACUUGUAUUCAAGAUUGAAUGAAGUGCUUGAAGUCAAGCGAAAGGCAGAUGAGCAGCUCAGGUGGAGAGUGCUUCAAAAUGAGAAGCUUGCUAGUUUAAGGGAGAAACUUCAGCAUAGUAGAGAGCAACUCAAGCAAGAGAAGAUAAAAGUUCAGAAGAAGUCUUCUGAUUUAAAGGUCAAAUAUGAGGUUCUCGGAUCAGCUCGUAGUAUGUUGGAAAAAAAUAAAGUUGAACAACUGGAGAAGUUCUAUCCUAACCUUAUUUGCACUCAGAGUUUAGGAUAUAUGGCAAUAACGUCUGAACGGCUUCAUAAACAGUCAUUGGUCCUAAAGCAGAUAUGCAAAUUAUUCCCCCAACGUCGGGUGACUAUAGACGGUGACAGAAAAGAUGGCUCGACUGGUCGGUAUGAUCAAAUUUGCAAUGCACGCUUACCAAUAGCGAUUGACCCGCACUCUGUUCCAUCUGAGGAGCUUGGUGCCUCUUUGGGAUACAUGGUCCAACUUCUGAAUCUUCUUGUCCAAAACUUGGCUGCUCCGGCGCUUCACAAUUCAGGUUUUGCGGGUUCGUGUUCACGAAUAUGGCAACGAGAUUCUUAUUGGAAUGCACAACCAUCUUCUAGAAGCAAUGAAUAUCCUCUUUUUAUACCACGCCAAAAUUAUUGCUCCACUCGUGCUGAAAAUUCAUGGACUGAUAGAGGCUCAAGUAACUUUGGUGUUGAUUCAAUGGAGUCUGAGAAAAGACCUCACCUAGACUCUUCUAUUACCUUUAAAUAUUCUACAGCCUCUCCUCAUUCUGUUGAAACACACAAAGACUUGCAGAAAGGUAUUUCCUUGCUCAAGAAAAGUGUGGCGUGCAUAACGGCUUACUGUUACAACUCUCUAUCUUUAGACGUUCCUUCGGAGGCAUCUAUUUUUGAAGCCUUUACAAGAUUAUUGGCGACAUUAUCUUCGUCUAAGGAAAUUCGAUCUGUUCUUUCCUUGAAAAUGGCAUGUUCAAGGUCAUGUAAGCAAGCUCAACUUUUGAACAAAUCUAUUUGGAAUGUGAAUUCAACUAUUUCAUCCAGCUCUUUAUUAGAGAGUGCCCAUACCAUACCUUUAACGAAAAAUAUUUGUGACAACAACAUAACUUCAGCUGCCAGUUUUCACUAUUAUGCAACGGAGACGUCUGAUUCUGGAAAGAAUGAAAGCCUAAUUGAUGAAUGGGAUAUGGUGGAGCAUCCCACUUUUCCUCCUCCACCAUCACAUACCGAGGAUGUUGAGCAUUGGACUCGAGCCAUGUUCAUUGAUGCUACCAAGAAAUGAUCUGGUGCAAUUGAACCUUGUACCUAAUGCAGGCAGGAAGAUACUGUGACUCUGUGAUACGCUGUACAUUUCCCGACAUUCUUCAACUUGUUCUGCAUGUAAAUAGAGGUUACUCUCUGCAGAUUUAAAUAUUUGUUCUGUAAAUAUAAAAGACUCUGGUUGCUGCCUGAAAUCGGUUCCGCAUGUAAAUAGAGGUUACUCUCUGCAGAUUUACAUAUUUGUUCUGUAAAUAUAAAGGACUGUGGUUGCUGCCUGAAAAUGGGUUCUGCCCUAGGAUUGUCGAAUUCUUAACCUAGUUAUAAAGCAUUGGCCUUGGGCUUUUAUUAA